AUGAUCAACAGUAACAACAAUACCAACAUUAAAGAAGAAGAACAAACACCACUCAAAAGAAAACGCUUUACAGAUUUUCCCGCCAAUGAAACAUCCAAAGAAAGUUUGCUCUCACUCGCAUCAUCCGCUGCUGAUGAUGAAGAAAUUGAAACACCAAAACACAUUCGGGAGAGGGAACAAGUGGAAAAGUUUAGAAUUGAUGCACUGAUUGGACUGGAGAGAGAACGGGAGAGGAAUGAACUGAGGAGGAGAGAGUUGGAAGUGUUGGAGAAGUUUUCUAACAUCAAUAUUAAUAAUAAUAGUGAUAAUAAUAAUUUAAAUUCAAAUUCUUCGUCAUCAUCAAUUAAAUCUACCAUACAUGACGAUUCAUCCUAUCAAGGUGAUCACCAUCAAAAGAUUGUGAAGGAAAUUUUGGAAAAUAGUGAUCAAGUAGUGAUUAAAUUGAUGGUCGGAGGAAAAUUGUUCAUCACCACACUUGCCACCAUUAACAAGAGAGAGAAUAUGCUCAAGACCAUGUUGUCAUCGGGUGUUGGAAUUGAUAGAGAGAGUGAACAUGAUGCUAUUGUAUUGGACGAGUUGAAUCCUGAUUAUUUUCCCAUCUUGUUGGAGCAUUUGAGGACUGGAUCUACUAAUUACGUGGGUCUGUGGGAGGAGGCAUCUGAAAGUGCACUUAUUCAUUUGAGAGAGUUAUUGAGAGAUUCUGACUUUUUUGGAACUAGUAAAUUGAGCGCUAGAAUUGCCUUACUCAUUAAUCAAUAUCAAAAGGAAUUGAAAAAGUUGGAGGAGGAAGGAGUAGUCAAACAAGGUACUACAACAAAGGAAAUUAGAAAUGUAAUGAGCUCAGAUCAAGAUGAGCAAGAUGAGAAAUGGCUGAACAAGUUUGCAAACAUUACCAUUCAAGAAAAGAAAAUCUUGGAAGAUUAUGUAGAGCAAAAGAAGGAGGAAUUGAAUAGGGAAGAUCAACUUCUAAAAGAAAAAGAAUCUACACUUAGAAAGACUCCUAUCAUUUUCAAUGUUAGAGGAACCAAAUUUACAAUCAGCAUGGAAAAAUUACUCAUUCAUAAGGAUAGUGUCUUUCCAUCAAUUCUCACCGAGUUGAAAGAUAUUACUAGUGAAAUAUUUAUUGACAGAGAUGGUGAAAUAUUUCACCACAUUUUCCAGUAUUUACAAUAUGGUACAACUCACAAUAUUCCAAAAGAUGCUGCUAAACGAAAGUUGAUUUACAAGGAAGCUAUUGAAUUUAAAAUUCACUCCUUGGUCGAUUUCUUGGACCCCUUAAGAUUUCCUGUAGAAGAUAUAGGUUCCAAUAAUUUGAAAAUCAAGCAAGAAGAAGAUUUCUUGAGGAGAAUGUUCGUCUCUGAUAGAGAAAAUCCAAUUUUAAAUGAUCCCUAUCUUCACAUGAUUAACGUAUUUGCCAACGAGAAUAUUUCCAGGAAAAUGUUUGAGCCAACUGAACCAAAUGUUCCUCUCUUGUUUGAUUUUGAAAGUCCUAUUGAUUGUUCCGAGUUGGUGAAUGAGUUUUCUGGAUUGCAAGCUCCACCUAUACCUAAGGUUUGCAAAUCGAGAGAAGUUUUCUUCUCUCAGUUCAAUGUCUUUUCAGGAGAUUUAUUCAAGGAUAUGGAUUGGAGUAAUGUAUUUGCUGCAGACAAAUUAGGUGGUGGCAUUCUGGCUUGUUUAUUAGAGAUUCCUCUUGAUUGGUUCGAUGCUUCACAGCCAAAACCAAGAGAAAGAAUCUAUUGGGAUUUUGAUGACUGUGAGUCUAGCGAUGACAGUAAUUCAGAAAAAAUAGAUGAAGAUUAUUUUACAGCUAGUUCAGAUGAGGAGUUCUCUUUUAAAACUAAUAGUAGUAGAACUGAACCAUACUUGGGUACAAGGCCCCCACCACCAAAGAGAGUAUAUUCUAAUAUUGAAUCCUACUAUAGAAAAUCACCUCAGUGGAAAAAUAGUGAUCUCGACUUGUUUCUUUAUGGCAUUACUGAAAAGCAAGCAGAAGAAAAAAUAAUCUAUCUUUACAAACUGUUCAAAACGAAUUUAAAUGAUGGAAAUAUUGUCAUUACAAGAACUCAGCAUGCCAUUACAUUCAAUUUUGAUAACUUGCCUGCAGUACAAGUAAUUACUCGUUUAUACAAAUCACCUGCAGAGGUACUUAUGGGGUUCGACAUUCCCACCUGUUGUGUUGGAUUUGAUGGAAAUCAACUUUACUGCUUACCAAGAGCUGUUGUUGCUCUUUCUACAAGAUGUAAUUUGGUUGAUGUUGAUCGUCAAUCUACAACUUUUGAGUUAAGGCUUGUUAAGUAUGCUUUAAGGGGCUUCAGAAUAGGAUGUCCAGGGUACGAUGACAAGAAAUUAGCUAACAGUGUUCUUUAUGAUAGGAUUAGUUUGUAUUUCCCAAGAAGACACUCUACAACAAGGGAGAAGAAGAUUGCAAACAUUAAGCAAGUUACUGGACUAGCAAGAAUUCUACUAACUAUCCAUGGUUAUAAGAAUAAUAGAAGAAGGAAUGCUGUAUUUAAAUCUAUUGGAGGUAAAAACAAUUUGGAGAAAACAAUGAAGAUGAUUGACCCUUCUGAAGAUCAUGAUUAUAGACAAGUACCUGUACGAGCAAAUUCAACCUCCAAUUACUACCGUAAACUUCAGACAGUUGCUGACUAUCAGAAAAAGAACAAAAGAAAAACAUAUUUUGAAUUCUCAUUGAAUGAUAUUGAACAUAUUAUGAAUACAAAAAAUCCAAUCAGUAACCUUGCAUCUCACAUUGAAUGGAUUAUCAUUAAUCCAACAACUCAAUCAAUUGGAAGUUUCCAUCCACAUACAAGAAAUUUCUUUCAAGAUGCCUAUACAAAUCCAAAACACUUGAAAAAGCAAUUAUGCAAGUAUAUUUGGUCUUACUCAGAAUCGAAUGAGACUCCAACAAUAAUAUACGAAGAAGCUAGUGACAUACUUGAAAGAAAAUACAGAGCGUAUCUACGUGAUAAAAGAAAUCCAGACUUGAAAACCUAUUAUUUUAAAGGAAAUUUAAUUUAUUUUGCUAACAUGAUGAUGAAGAAUAGGAAUAGUACGGGCUAUUAUUCGAAUUAUCGUGUUCACAGAGAGAGAAAGGAUAUAAAAUUCAUUAAGAGGAAGAAGAAAUUGAAUGAGGAGGAUAAUGUUUUUGAUGUUAUUAUGGAAAAAGAAGAUGAAAUGGAUGACAGUGAGUAAAGGUUUAAUUCUACUCU